AUGGCGGAUUCAGUCGACCGUGUCUUCGUUCACGCGCUCAACACCGUUAAAAAGAUCCCAAAGACCGGCGCCUCACGUCCACCUCCCUCCGACCGAUUACGCCUCUAUGGCCUCUACAAACAAGCCAUGGAAGGGGAUGUGGACGGCGUUAUGGAACGGCCGGUUAGUGAAGAGGAUGGGGGCCCGAAGGGCGACGAGUUGAAGAGGGAGAGGGAUAAAUACGAUGCGUGGGAUGCGCAGCGGGGAAUUAGCAGGACGGAAGCGAAGAGGAGAUAUAUUGAGGCGCUGAUCGAGACUAUGCAUCGGUAUGCCAGUACGACUGCAGAUGCGAGGGAGCUGGUAGCGGAGUUAGAAUUUGUGUGGGAUCAGAUCAAGAAUAACAGCGCUUCUUCUUCAGGAUCUUCACCUGGAAGAAGAGUCCCUUCGUACACGACGCAAACUAGACAGUUCCAGCAGCCGCUUUCAGGAGGUGAUGGGCCCAUGAGAGUGCUUAGUCCCAUGAGCGAGGCGGAGAGAGAGUCGGAGGAGCGGAGGCUGGGGUAUAAUGAUGCGUAUGAAGAGGAUGACGAUGAGUAUAAUGAUGGGGAGAAGAAGGAUGAGAAGAAGAACGAGAAGACCGGAAGGUGGAGGAAGACGGUUGAGCAGGCCUUGGUUAAGAUGACUGCUGAGAUUGCGGCACUGAGAGAGCAGAUUGCUACGGGAAGGGAAUAUCAAGGGAAGAAGAGAAAGUCCUUUGGGAGAUGGGUUGCCUGGUUCCUGUGGUUGGCCAUACGACAUGUCACGAUCGAUAUGGUUGUGCUUGGGAUAGUACUGCUGUGGUUGAGGAAGAGGAAAGAUAGCAGGGUGGAAGAUUUAGUGAGAGCAGGGUUGAAGAUUGGAAGAGAAUAUGCGAGGAAGAUAUUACCACCUCGAAUAAGAGGCAACAUUGCGCAUAUCGAUCCGUCUAUCACGUAA